UUCUUCCUGAGAGCACGGUCUCAUCCCGCCACCAACCAGCUGUUCUCCCACAAGUUUACUUCCAGCUGAUGUGCAGCCUGAUUGCGUCUAUCCUGACACGAGCAAAGCCCAUUCAUCUGAGAGAACAGCCACCAGCAGAGCAUUAUCCUCGCCGAAGCCCGAACAGUUGCCGUCAGGACUCGGUGCGAUUUGGUCGUGUUUUUUCGUGCACUGAACCCGCGGAAGGUUGUCACGGUCUGUGCUAGGUCAGUGCUAUCUAGCACACGAGCAACAACAUCAACAGCAGCAGCAGCAUCCUUAUAGCCCCUCAUUGAGUUGCAGCCAGGCAGGCAGCAGUAGCCUCUAGCAGCUGUUGUCGAGCUCCAUUGAGCAUCAUCGGAGAAGCAGCACAUCUUGUACGAAGUAAUGAGUUUUGGGUCGGUUGAAGGGAACGAAGGCUAUCAAAUGAUCCACCUGCGGGGUCCAUUUCCCCACCCUUCAAACCGAUGUUGACAAAUAGUGGUGAAGCUUGUCUGACUACUACAGUGCACCUUCAGUGAGUCCACAGAUCGUUCACCAACGUGCGGAACGUAAAUUUUCGAAUGGAUGAAUAAGGAAAAAAGGAUAAUUGCGGCACAUUUCGUUGAAUAGAUGCUGGUGGACUCCCCGGAUACUGUUGCCCUCGCAGGCCUCCUCCGUUUCCCUCGUGGGAUUUUGUGAUUGCAACAUCCAAGGAUCAAAGUGAAUGUAGACGCUACACUAAGAAAAACAGAUAAGCGGGAUACACAACAGUGACGAAGGCACGAGAGAAAGCAUUACCAUAAUUUUUCCUUCAGCUGUCUGUGCGGAUUUCUACGUUAUUUAUUAGUCGAAGCGAGUGCAGUGUUUUGGUUGCGAUGGUUAGUUCCUGGGAAUGGGUCUACCGUGGCUAACAAGGCCAGUAGAAUGUAGCCAUCGGCUAGUGUUUCACACAGUGUAGCAUCAACGUAAAAGGGAGGGUGGCCUCUGGCCAGCCUAACGAAGCUACGAAUCCCGUUGUUUGACUGAAGACCGUGCUUUGGCCUGGUGAGUUGGGAGUGCAAAUGACGGAGUGACGAUAACGCAAUUUAGCGCCGGGGUCGAAUAGGGUCGGGUCGGGACGGACAGGAGGUCGGUCGUAUGUGUCUAUGUGCAAGCUUCAGCCUCAGAGAAACGGAUCCGGAAGCUGGUAAAUAAGCGAAGACGAGCUGAAAGCACCGGAUAAAGUGUGUGCUUCCCGUGUCUCCCGGGUGGGGAAUUGUUGGCUAAGCGUACCAAGCUGAAACCAAGUGGAAAAUAUGCGCUGAUGCUAUUGGUUUCUACUGGUGCUGCAGAAGCGGGAACUUACUACUGUUGGGAAAAGGGAGUGGUGUAAAAAUUGUUUGAUAAGAAUAAUAUUGGGGCGAGUCAGGCGAAUAACAGUGCUUUUGGAGCGGAAAUCGAGAAGUGGUGACACGUUGUGAUAAGUGCAGUUACGUUUUAUUGCCUGGAAUAAUUGGAUCGCAUUGGCUAUCGGAUUAAGAUGGCUGCCGGGAAGCCGUGAAGCUGAACCAAUUGAAUCUGAUAGACUACCCGUCGUCGUGGAUUUCUUCUGAGUUCGCGAGAAAAAGUGCCGGAAAAUGCCGAAGUGUGCGCGCGCGAAAAGCUUGAAGUGUUUCGAAUUUAACACGAUUGAUACGCAUUCUGUGCAGUAAACGGGCACAUUGUGGGUUGGUUCGAAUGCAAAUCCAAUUGAAAUUUGCUUAUUGUUUUGCACUUAAAUGUAAUUUUCAUGAUAAGUACAGAAAUGCUAUAGUUUUCAAAUUGCAAAUCGUUGCAAACAGUAUUAUACUUUCUUUGGUAAAGAUUUGCAAAAUGAAAAUGGCUACGUUAUUUUUGUACCUUCAUUCACAAUAGCUCCUCCAGCGUAGCAAAGUUUUUUAUAUUAAAUAUUAAGGUGAACCUAAAUUACCUUCCACAACAGCCGAAAAUCAAUAAUCUAUUUAAAUUUUGCGAAGUUAUCACAAUUUGCAUUUUGGAUCAAUAUGACCUUAAGACACAGAAAGCAUAAUUUUUUUUUUCGGGACAGACUGAAGGUUAAGUGUUGUGUAGUACCUUGAAAAAUGCUAAUCGCUACAACACUCAAUUACUUGUUCGGUUGAAGAUUGUAAAUCAACUUGGAAGCAAUUCAUGCUGCAGAUAUUGCAACUCUCAAGUGCCGAAAAAAAUCUAAACAAUGGCGAACAGACACCAGCUAAAGGGCAUCAUCAUAUCAUUAUUACUGUCGGUAUUCCCUUGGCAAGCAGCAAUAUUCCACUUGUGCGCGGGUCGUAAAAGUAUCGCAAUCAGUUGAACCGACCCAACGAGAGCCCCGUCCUCGAUUACGCUUUUCCACAUGAGGCGCCCGAAUCGAGGCGCCACCCGCCGAAAAGCUUUGCUGAGCUUUGCAGUUUCGCUCGUCGUCGUCGUCGUCGCCCUCAGCCAUAUUUUACAGCCAAUUGAGGCACGUGUUUUGCCCUUGUCAACCAACGACAUCAACAGCAGCAGCAGCGGGAGUGUUUUCCCAUCGACCGAAGAUUUUCGCGAGAAAAACAGCACGGCGAUGGAAAGGGGUGGUGGAAAACAACAGGAUCAACCGCGACGCCAUAUUUUGGUAGUGGUUCAACGGUCCCUGUCGAGUGUCGGCGUCGCUGUCCUGGAGCGGGAAUUCCACGAAUUCGUCAAAUUGUUUGUCCUCGAGCAGGACGAGCAGCACGAUGAUGAUGGAGGGCUUCGGCAGCGGAUUCAGUUCCGCCGAUGGCGAGAUUUGGCCAGCUUCGAGCGAUGGUUGUCCGAUCCAUCGAACUCCGUAGUGCUGUACGUGUCCGGGGAAGACCAGGAUGACCAAACACCAAAUGGAUACUGUGACGGCCUGUCGGCUCAACUUUCAUCCACCUUUGGCAAGCCGGUUCUGUUUUGGCCAUGUCCUCGCAUGCAGCAAACCGAAAAGUUUGUGCCAUCCUUCGAGACGGUGUCAUUCGCCGUCAAAAGUAUAUCACAGCAGUUUAAUUGGACCGAGGCAAUUCUGUUCGCUGCAGAUUCAAACUGGGCGCUUCCGCUGGCACUGGCCACCAACCUUCACAUCCCGUACCGGAUCGUUCUGGAAGGCGACGAGCUCAAGCUGCACGAGCGUGACAUUGGCGGACGGGUGAUAAUCGUCUGCUCGUCAAUCAACUCACCGCAAACAAUUAACGCAAUCAAUCAGCUGAAGAUGCUCCGCCGGACGAAGAUUCUCCUGCUGGACACGAUUGGGACCAUCUUCAACAGCAACAACGCCCUCUACCAGGGAAUCGUCCGCGACGGAAUAUGGACCGAGGACGGGCUAACGAACCGCAACCUGCUGGUGCUGACGAUUCUGACCGAACACUUCAAGCUGGUCCUGCGGCGGGUGCACGGAGUUGACCUCGGGGACUAUCGGCACAUUAGCGAGCGGUUGCUCAAGAUUCGACUAGACGUCGAUGACGAUGGCAACGGACUCGCCGAUGACAACGAUGACAGUCUGAGCGGAGAUAGUGUUGCUACAGGGCAGCCUUCUAACCGCUCACUAAGAGGAGCAAUCGACGGCCACCGAGAAUCGCUCGAAAGCCUAAUUAAUUCAACAAACUUGACCUCAUCGGGCUGUGAUUUUAAUUAUUUCCUCACCGACACCGAUUCGAGCAACUUGGACCAGCUUCAGGACCUGGCCGCAAACCAAUUACGCUGUCAAGCGACUCUGGACAGCUAUUGCGACAUUGACAACAUCGAUGCUGCCGUUGAAGGCACUUAUCUCAAUUCGGUGACCAACAUGAGCAGUGAUGAGCUUUUCGACGGAAAUGGUAAUCAUGGGUGGAAUGCAAGUUUGGGGGCCGGAAUUGAUCGGCGGAAAAAGGAUGCCGAGCUGUUUUGUGCAAUGUUGAGUGACAGAUACAGAAAUUUGGUGCUAAUGGGAGACGAGACUUCGGAUAGUUUUAACGGGUCCCAACUGGUGACCACUAGUGGACGUAGCUUAAUUUUUAGUGAAAAUUUCUACCUGUAUGAUUACAUCUUAGCAAUUGAGCAUGACCAACGGUAUCAACAUUCACAUCACCAUCAUCAGUAUCAGUUCGAUUUCAUAGUGUUUGACCUGAAGAACAUAUCGCACCACCGGACUACGAUAGUGUGGCGACCAUUUUUGAUCCUGAGGCAGGAUCAAUUGAAUCGGCAGAAGUUUAGCAUGCAUCCGGUGCUUCCAGGAUACAGUGACUGGAUGAUUGAAGGCACGAUUGAAUCGUUUUGGAUCUGCGGAGUGCUGUGCUGGAGUGUGAUAGCAGUUGUGGUGCUGAUAAUCGUGUCGAUUAUAUUCGCAAGCGUUGUGUUCAGCAUCGCAGUUAGGAACUAUCUGCUGAAGAAUCGACUCUCCAAGGGACCAAACAAAAUCGUCCUCUCACCGUCGGAUUUCGUGUUUCCGGUCGACAUGAGAAGGGUUGACGAAGGUAUCGAGGCGAUGCUGUGCUGUUGGCUACAGCAGCUGCAGGAGUUUGGAGGACCCGAGGUGGAAAAGCCGGACCUCCUCAAAGGAUCGAUUGGAUCUCUGAAAAAUCUGGGUCUUCCACCGCCACCGAAAACGGGCUCUGGUAGUGACACUUUAGUGCGACACAACACCACCGUUGCCGGAGCUCUGGAGCUUAAAGCUCGUUAUAACGGAGAUUUGGUUCAACUGAAGGAAAUUCCUCCCAGCUCCGGGUCGUCGUCAUCCCAGGAGCUCAAAACAAAGGCGAUGGAUCUGCUCGUAAUGGCGCACGGUUUACGGCACGAGAAUAUUAAUCCGCUAAUAGGUUGGCUGAACGAGCCUACCCGAACGGCUUUGGUAUACGAACACUGUUCCCGUGGUUCGUUGCAGGACGUGCUCAUCAUGGACGAAAUUAAGCUCGACUGGUCGUUUCGAUUGAGCUUACUAACGGACUUGGUUCGUGGAAUGCGAUACCUUCACGGGUCACCGAUUCGAGUUCAUGGGACGCUCUCGUCGCGAAACUGCGUAGUGGACGCCCGGUGGGUGCUAAAAAUCACCGACUACGGCAUGCUGAACUUCUACGACGCCCAAGGUAUUACGCCCCCGCCAAAAAGUGCCAAAGAUCUGCUCUGGACGGCACCGGAAGCACUUCGAGCCACCAAGGGCUAUCCCAAGGGAGGGACGCAGGCCGCCGAUGUGUACGCUUUCGGAAUCAUCAUGCAGGAAGUGGUCGUCCGAGGGGAACCGUUCUGUAUGCUGUCCCUUUCACCGGAAGAAAUUAUAGCGAAAAUCAAAAAACCUCCACCCCUUAUACGUCCAUCGGUGUCCAAGGGAGCCGCCCCUCCGGAGGCCAUCAAUAUCAUGCGGCAAUGUUGGGCGGAAAGCCCCGAAAUGCGACCUGAUUUCGUAAUGAUCUGUGAACGUUUCAAGCAAUUAAAUCACGGUCGGAAGGUCAACUUUGUGGACACCAUGUUUCAAAUGUUGGAAAAGUACUCCAACAACCUGGAAGAGCUGAUCCGGGAGCGAACCGAGCAGCUCGAUAUGGAACGCAAAAAGACUGAACAACUGCUUAACAGGAUGCUUCCGAGCUCCGUCGCCGAACGCCUCAAGCUGGGGCUCGCCGUCGAGCCGGAAGAGUUCUCCGAAGUAACAAUCUACUUCAGCGAUAUCGUUGGUUUCACAACGAUAUCCGCCCACUGUACGCCCGUCCAAGUGGUGGACCUGCUGAACGACCUCUAUACCUGCUUCGAUGCCACCAUAAACGCCUACAACGUGUACAAGGUGGAAACCAUCGGAGACGCAUACAUGGUUGUGGGAGGCCUACCCGUCCGAACGCCAGACCAUGCGGAGCAAAUUGCUACCAUGGCGUUGGAUCUGCUGCACCAGAGUGGCAAUUUCAAGGUUCGCCACCUACCGGGUGUUCCACUGCAGCUUCGCAUCGGAUUACACACAGGUCCAUGCUGUGCCGGUGUCGUCGGUUUGACAAUGCCCCGAUACUGUCUGUUUGGCGACACGGUCAACACGGCCUCCCGAAUGGAGUCAACAGGAUCCUCGUGGCGCAUUCACAUGUCCCAGCAGACGUGCAACCUGUUGGAGCAGGCCGGAGGAUACAUUAUCGAACCACGUGGGCCCAUCGAAAUCAAGGGAAAGGGCAAAAUGCACACCUACUGGUUACUGGGAAAGAAGGGCUUCGACAAAGUGCUUCCAACGCCACCGCCAAUUGGGGAAUCACACGGCCUGGACAUUGCAAUCCUGCGGAAGUCACUCUUUCAAUCAGAACAGAACAACCAACAGCAGUUUGUCGUAGCUUCCGGUAGCCACAACGGUUCCACUGCUAAUCACUCAUCUAGUCACUCUCCAUCAGUGGCAGGAGAAUCGAUAGACGUCAAAGUUGAAAUCACGCCUCCCGUAGGAUGUGACAAUCCGCAUCUAGCUCAAUCAUUCUCAGUGGAUUCGAAUUCGAGCAACGCCAACAACUGCACUCUCAACAUGACAGAUUUCCAGUCCAAAACCGCACUGCCGAGCCCUCAGGCAAGAAAACUGUCCGAAAUCGUAACCGAUACAGCAUUCCUUAGCGCCAACUCCAGCUUCAACCGAUUGAAUCCAUCGCCAACGGGCACGACCUCAACCAGAUUAAUCAAACGAAUCGAAGAGCUAAUGGACCUCAGCUCCCCAUACAACUACUACAAGUGUCUAAGCCCCAGUGAAAGCAAUCUAUCUCAGUGUAUGGAUAAUCGCUACCACGGCUACCAAAUCAACCGUCUAGACUGCUCUAGCAAGCCCGGAUCAACGCGUUUUCUCCGGCGUCAAUUCAGUCUGGACAAAGACGACGUAUCCCCAUCGAUGCACACCAGUCAAAAGGCUACGCUAGAUACCGUCUCAUCCAUAUCGAUCGACCGAGAACAACUGGCCCGGAUGGGAACUCUAUCGUCGAUUCCCUCCAUCUCAUCCACGACUUCCAUCUCGCUAGGUUCCAAGCAGCAACGUGCCAUCCACAAGCAGCAAUCCGCUAGCGUUGCCCAAGAUCUGGAGAAGAUCGAAGAAAUUCCCAUAUCCCCGCAGUCGUUCCUGCUGAACCACACCACAACCAGUAGCAAUAGCACAUCGAGUCUGACUUCGGAUGUGAACGACAAGACGCGAACGCGAUCUUCCAUCCAGAACGGCAAAGAGCUCUGCCUGAGUAUCGAAGCGCUAGGGCUGAGGUGAGCGUAACUGGACCAGUUGCGGUGUGGCCACGCUCGAUUGUACAGCAGUUUGGAACGAUGAGACGUAGGUCAAUCGAAUGGCGAAUACAAGUCUGAUUUUUUAUAAGUAAUAUUAUUUAGGGGGAUUUUGGUUUUCACUAUUAUUCAUAUUCGUUUGUAUUAACACAGACGUAACCACCAAUGACAUAAAUUCUACGAUUCUACCACCAGUUUCAUUAUGCUAAACGUUUCACUGUUUUUAGCCAUAUUUUCGACACGUUACAUUCUAUAAUGAAACAUUUGUGUCAGAUGAAUACAGUUUCUACACACUGUCAAUUUCUUCAUCCACCGCAAAUUCUUGACUGUAUUACGACCAAUGGAUCAAUGCAUGAGUUCCUUAAUUUGACGUUUGAGCGGUGCCAAAUUCAUUCGUUUCCACGAUCACAUAAAUA